UUUCUUUUUCUUUCUUUUCCUUUUUUAUGACUUUGUUUUCCAGCUUUUAGUUUCAUAUCGCUUCUGUAAAGGUGAUUGAUGACCAUCGUACUCCAUCCUCACACCACAUCCCUAACCUACACACCAGAUAUGGGCUUGAUGCUGUGAAAUUGUUGACACCUUCACUUUAUAAUCAACCAAAUGACCUGUUCCUCCUUGUAACUCCUUUAUUUCCCCCCACCCCUUUUCCCUUCAAUUAACAGCAAAAUCACUGCUUUGCAGUACUGUUGCCAUAGCUUUGAUUGUCACCAAGGGAGAAGAGGACAAUGGCCAUUUCACGUAGGAUUGUGAAUCAUAACCUUUGCAUGUACUAAACUAUAGCACAGUUAUUUUUUAGGGUAUUUUAGUUUCCUUAGGCUGUGGAUACAGUGUAAUUUUCAUUUUAAGUAAAACUGUGCUUAAAUGUUACAUGUUUCUCCUUCCCCUUUUCCCUCACUAGUGUCUGAUUUGCUAAAUAAUCUAUAUGGUUUUUGCACAUGUAUUGCAAAGUGAGGCCUGACGUCUUUCUGAAGGUGUGCUGGUGGGUUUUUAUAGGUUUUGACCUGCCAGCAAAAUCUCAAUAUGCAUCACUCACUCAACCACAAUCUGUUGUCUUUCAAGAGUAAUCCAAGGAUGCUUUUUAGUGAGAAAUUGAGUUUAUUUCAGGUGGUUUAACCUCACCCACUUUUUUUCUCUCUCAAGGUCAGAGGGUGUCCCACACAUCAGACUGGAGUAUGUGGGUUUUCCUGAAUAAUAUAUAAACCCAUGAACAAGUUUGCUGUAACUUUAGUACCUGAGUCCUUUAGCCCCAUUACUCCCCUUUCCUCUUUCUGCCAGCUAGGUGUACAAGCUUACCCCUUUAAUUUUUUUUUUUUUGUGUUAACUUCAAACACUGUAGUAAUGAUUACACAUUGUGCUCAUAAAUAAGCCUUCUGUUUGAACAUAGGGGUAUUUUUUUUUUUGCAGCAUUCCUUGUUAGCAAACGUGGUUUCAAAUUUAAAAUUACGACUGGGAAAGAAAAAAUAAAUAAAUGAAUGAGGUGGCUUCCCCCCCAAAAGCAAACUCAUUUUUCGGGGGAGAUAGGAUACAGGAUAGGUUGUCUUCGAGAAAAUAAAUAGUGAAACCCAAAUCGAGAGACUACGUGUGUGUGUGUGUGAUCUGUUGUGUGUCCCUGAUAAUGUCUUCGCUUCUCCUAACGGUUACAAUUUUUCAAAUUAGGGGAAAAUCGAGUCCUGAUUGGCCAGAGAGGCACCUUCUGCUCGUGCGUGGAUUUGCGGGAGUGCACGUGAACGCAGCACGCGUAGGAGCUGACAGGAAGUGAAAGCUCUGUUGUUGGACAGACGCUUUCUCCCAGCUGACGAUUUCCUCUCCCCAAACCCUCACCCCUCCACCUGAGCGCCAGUCUCCAUCAUGGACAACCUAGAGGAGGACCUGACGUGCUCCGUGUGCUACUCUCUGUUCUCCGACCCACGAGUCCUGCCCUGUUCACACACUUUCUGCAAGACCUGCCUGGACAACCUCCUCCAGGUGUCGACUAACUACUCCAUCUGGCGUCCGCUCCGCCUGCCGCUAAAAUGCCCCAACUGUCGCAGUGUGGUGGAGCUGCCCCCUGCGGGUGUAGAUGCUCUGCCCACCAACGUGUCUCUGCGGGCUAUUGUCGAGAAAUAUCAGAUGGACAGUGAGCCACGACCACCUUCCUGUCCGGAGCACCACAGGCAGCCUCUGAAUAUGUACUGUAUCCAGGACCGGCAGCUAAUCUGCGGGCUGUGCCUGACGGUGGGGCAGCACCACGGCCAUCCCGUAGACGACCUGCAGGCAGCUUUUAUCCGAGAAAAACUGACGCCGUCACAGCUUCUGAAAAGGCUCUCUGAGGAGAGAUGGGCACAGGUGUGUGAGCUGGGGGAACAGCUGGAGCAGGAGAAGGCCUGCUGUGAGGGUGUGGUGAGGCAGGACCGACAGGAAGUCAACCAGUUUUUUCAAACACUGGAGGUGGUGCUGGCCGGGAAGAGGCAAGCCUGCCUGGACGCUCUAGAUAAAGCUGGAGCUGAGGUGUCGCGCGCGUAUGACCCUCUCAUCCACCAAGUAAAGGAGCUACAGGAAGAACAGCUGGAUCUGGUGUCCUUGGGUUCGUCAGUAGAGGAUGAAGACUCGCCCCUGGUCUUCUUGGAGAAGGUGCAUUUGUUCAGAGAGCGGGUGGAGGAGUUCAUUAAAACCCCUCUGCCCUCUGUGAUGACCCUGUCCGUCACUCCGCGGGCAGCAGAGUACCUCCAGCAGCACUGGCCUGUCGUGACCAUCGGGAGCUUGGAGGAGGCACCUGUUCCUAAGGUGCGCUGCUGUGCCAGAUGUGGCGGUGCUGGGAGUGAAGCUGGAGGGGGUCGCUCCAGCAGAGGGGUUCAGGACGUGUGGGGUGAGCUACAACCUACUACGUCGGUGGUGCUGCUGGGGCUGCUGCUGCUGUUGGCGGUACUGUGGGUGAACCCGGUCGGAGGGGCGUCACUCGGCUUCUCCCUCAUGUCUCGGCUCAGCCACUUGGUCCACAGCCUGAGCAGCGAACUCAUCACCUGCGUGUGGGACACAGUGGGGAGGGCAUAUACCGCGGCGGGGGUGGCUGUAGAUAGAUGGAGUUCACAGCUCUCUGCGGUGGGUGUUAGGGUGUUUGAGCACCUGGCUGCCUUAUUUAAAACUCUGACGUCUCGAUAAGAACGGCCAAGCAGGUUCAGAAAACCUUUAAAUGUGUUUAGAGUUUUUUUUAAGUCUCACUUCCCUGUUAGUGUAGAGACGGAAAGAAUCCACCCUAAAACAGUUUGUAAACAGCUGCUACUCGCGAUUUUACGUUCCCGUUUUGUUUAACAAAACGAGAGCCACAAUGGUGAAUUAGAUUUUGCUGACAUCUGCACAGCGAGGGUUUGGGACAGUGACCUUUUUCAUGAACAGGAAAACUUGAGGUCAUUCUAAACAAUAACAAAAAGUCAGCCAAUAGAUGCAAAGACUGAACAAAAAACAAUAAGAUUCAUUAGAAAUGCCUUAACCACAAGUAUACCUUUAGUCACACUCAAAAGGUUACAUGUAUGUAUGUUUUCUCUAAUGUGAUUGUUCUGCACAAACAUUUCAAAAGCUUCCUGUAACCUUCUGUAGGUGCACUUUGUGUAGCUUUAUAUCCUUUUUCCUCUAUUAUUGUGUUAUUGAUUUUGCUCUUCUUUGGACGCAUGUUACUCUAAAUAAUGUUCAGAACAUCAAACACUAAUCCAUCUUGAACCGUUCGGUCAUUCUCUGUCCAGUCUUGCUAUGGGACAUUUCAGUAGCUUUCCUGCACUUUCUAUACUUGGGACACAAGUGCAGCAGGCUACACGUAGAAGCCCUCACACGGAGCGAUUUACAGUGACUGGUGCAGUAUGUGAAAUUUAGAGCCUGAGGAGUGGAAGCAGACACUCGUUGGACCUGAGUUAAAGCCACCACAGAUCAUGUUGCAGUGAUGCCGAGCGCCUCCCUGACUGUGCCUUUAGCCAUCAUGCCUUCAGCUCGCCUCGCUUAAUAGCUUUACAGUAAUUCCACCAGGACCAAUACAUCGUUCCCAGGACAGAGCUUACCUUAAAAAAAAAAGAAAAACAAAGAGCCCCUAAAAUGCUGCCCUGAUUUACAGUCAACUUUUAAAAGUUGUUACUUUAUUUUACUCAGUUCAGCUCUUUACUGAGUAUCCAGCAGAUAUCUGUGCAGUGAUGCAGACUCUGCACAGGCAUGAUACAAACCAGGAUUUUAUAUGCUGCUGAAAUCAGACUGAACUAAUGUAGUCACACCUGUUGUAGUGUUUGUACUUCUAUAAACUUCAGCUCAUGUAUUGAAAAUAAAUUUAAAUACUUG